AUGUCCAUAGAGAUCGAGAGCGCGGACGUGAUCCGACUGAUGGCUCAGUACCUGAAGGAAAACAAUUUGCUGAAGACGUUGCAGACAUUGCAGGAGGAGACGAGUAUCUCAUUGAAUACCGUGGACUCCGUGGAGAGUUUCGUGCACGACAUCCACUGCGGGCACUGGGAUGUGGUGCUCAAAGUGGUCCAAUCGCUCAAACUUCCCGACAAGAAGUUAAUGGAUUUGUACGAACAGAUCGUCACUGAGUUGAUUGAGUUGCGAGAGUUGGGCGCCGCUCGCAGUCUUCUCCGCCAAACGGAUCCCAUGAUUAAGCUAUUAGCCACAACUGAUCCAAAGACACAAAGACAAGACAUGGCGAGUACACAGAGUAGUCAAUAUGUGUGGACAAUGAAUGACAAGUACGUCCAAAAGGUCCAGAACCGUAAGUUCAAAGACGAGUACCAAAUGAAGGAAGAGCUGGGAAAGGGAGGCUUUGGCACAGUCUACAGGUGCAUAUGGAAGGCCCAGAAGAAGGAGUUUGCGGUGAAAGUGAACAACAGUCCCGACAAGAAGAAGGCUCAGGACGACGAGAGACUCAUUUGCGAGCGAUUGUCGAUAAACAAGGGGCACAUGAAUAUCGUGAACAUGUUUGACAGCAUCACUGAGGGAGACAUUAUGUACAAUAUCAUAGAGUUGGCCACCGGUGGGGACCUCAUGAGUCUCAUACAGGAGAAGGAGUACUUCCAGCCGGACGAGGCAGCCGUUGCCAUCAGACAGAUCCUCGAUGGCGUGCAACAUAUGCACACAUGCGGCCUAAUGCACCAGGAUCUCAAACCACACAAUAUUCUCGUCCAAAGUAAAGGUCUUCAGGUGUAUAAAGUGACAGAUUAUGGACUCAGUACGGCUUUAGAUAGAAAUAAAGUUCAUACGGCCGGCACACCUCAGUAUAAGCCACCGGAAGGUAUUGCUAUAACCGUACAGCAAAACGUGGUGCUCCCGGGACAGCCUCAGUGGUGGCCACAGAACAAGGGCUAUGGAGCCGAACCCAGUGGCGAAGAUUUCGACAUUUGGAGCUGUGGUGUGAUUCUGUAUCAGAUGUUAGCCGGAUAUACGCCAUUCUUCGAGACCAAUCAGGACGAGUUGAAUCGAAAGAUCAAAUUCAUUGAGUUUACAUAUCCCAGCCCUGAGGAUGAUCUGAUUGAAGCCAAAGAUAUGAUAAACCGUAUGAUAGCACCCAACCCAAUAACAUUUCGACCAGGAGUUCCCGCGCCACAAACUAGGCUCGGCUAUCAACAACUCCGAGCACUGACUUUCUACCAAAAGGGCUUAACCCCAGUGUCGACCAUACCUCAGACCACAACACUUGAAAAAUAUUUGCUCAGAAAGAAACUCAAGCAAAACAUUCUUCAAAGUCACUGGAAUCAGGCACAGGGAGGUGGACGGGGACGAGGACAGGGAGGUGGACAGGGAGGUGGACAGGGAGGUGGACGGGGAGGUGGACAGGGAGGUGGACUAGGACGGGGAGGUGGACGGGAACGGGGACAGCCACCUGUGGGCGGUGUGCCAUAA